AUGCCCCUAGCUAGAUGGUAUCCACUGAUGGAAGGGUGGGUGAAACUAAAUUGUGACGAGUCUUUCUCAGAUAAUAAUAAUCAAGCAAGGUGUGGAGGUAUUAUGAAGGAUGAUCAAGGUAGGUUUUUAGUUAGCUUUGCUAUGCAGUUGAAGCCAUUUUCAGUUUUGUUCUCCAAACUUAUGGAGAUCAAGCAAGGCCUCGUGAUAACUACUAAGGAAGGAUAUAACUUGUUGGUGGAAGAAUUUAACAGUGCUGAUACAAUAAAAGCCUUACUUAGAAGAGCACAUGCCUUCCAUGAUAUCAAUGCAGUGGUACUUCAAAUUCUAGAACUUGUAUCAUCCUUUAACAAGGUUAUUUGGGUGAGCAUUCUCAAGGGAUCCAACAAAGUAGUUGAUGACAAGCACAAGACUUAA